AAGGCAACACUCCGGGUGUAUUCUGCACAUUGUCUCUGUGCAGGUUGGCUGCUGCUGGAGCUGCUUUUACUCACAAUUCAAAGUGUAGUUUUUAUACGAGUCACAUCUCCGGAGAGCUGAGCCACUACAAAAAACAACUCCUGUAGCCGAACAAGAGCUGAGUUUGUCGGAUAUAAAGUGUCCAGAGGAGACGUUAAACCUGCCUGGACUGGAGGUACCAGCGUGUUUGUGCCAUGUUGUAGUGACGGAUUACACCUGCAGGAAGUUCAGAUUAAAGCAGCAGAUUUAAGAGUCGAGCUGACUGUCCACUGUGAAGCAGGAUGAACGGGUACGAUCCUCCGGCGCUCGCCUCCGGCAUCUUCGGUUCCUACGGCGCCCAAAUCAAUGGCGUCGACUCUCCUGAACCUCCCAAACAUAAAGCCAAGUCCGGUGCCAAAGCUCUGUACGAACAAAGAAAACAUUACACCAAAACCAGCAUCAACAGCCUGACGGACACGUCGCAGUACCAUGUGGAGCAUCUGACCACGUUCGUGUUGGACCGUAAGGACGGGAUGAUCACGGUGGACGACGGGAUCCGCCGUCUCCGUCUGCUGGACGCUAAAGGGAAGGUGUGGACUCAGGAGAUGCUGCUGCAGGUGGAGGAGAAGACCAUCAGCCUCAUCGACCAGGAGACGAAGAACGAGUUGGAGAACUUCCCGGUCGGGACGAUCCAGCACUGCCAGGCGGUGAUGAACGCCUGCACCUACGACUCCAUCCUGGCUCUGGUGUGUAAAGAGUCGGGUCAGAUCAAAGCCGACCUCCACCUGUUCCAGUGUGACGACAUCAAGGCGAAUCUGAUCCAAGCAGACAUUGAAAGUGCCAUGAUCGAUGCCAAAGGAGGGAAAGUGAAGAAGAGGCCGGAGGCGCUCAAGAUGAUCCUGAAGAGCGACGGCGCCAUCCCCCCGCCCCCUGCCGCUCCCGCCCCCGAGCCCCCUGCAACGACGACCAAUCAGGUGGACGUGAAGAGCCGAGUGGCCGCCUGGUCGGCCUGGACCAAUGAGCAGCAAGACUACGAGAAGCAGAGACAGUUGUUGUUGGACGAGGACGGACCGGUGGAGAUGACGGCGGCCCGAGUGGACAGAGACGUGCAAAUCCUGAACCACAUCCUGGACGACAUCGAGUUCUUCGUCACCAAACUGCAGAAAGCUGCCGAGGCCUUCAACGAGCUCUCCAAAAGGAAGAAGACCAAGAAAGGCAAAAAGAAAGGUCCAGGAGAGGGCGUCCUGACUCUGCGGUCCAAACCUCCCGGUGAGGACGAGUUCGUCGACUGUCUGCAGAAGUUCAAACACGCCUUCAAUCAGCUGGGGAAACUGAAGGAUCACAUCCAGAACCCCAGCGCCGUGGAUCUGAUUCACUUCCUCUUUAAUCCGCUCAGGAUGGUGGUCCAGGCGGGCAGUGUGGAUCUGGCCCGCAGCGUCGUGGUUCCUCUGCUGACCAGAGAGGCCAUCGACUUCCUUCACGCCUCGGGAACAGCGGAGGAGAGACACCUGUGGGUGACGCUGGGAGACGGUUGGACCAAAUGCAGGUUGGAGUGGCCGAAGGAUCAUUACUUCCCUCCCUGUCUGCUGAGGUUUCGGGACGGCUGGGAGCCUCCGGCGUUGCCGUCGGUGACCCCGUCUCAAGACCAGGAGCUGAGUCAGCUGGCCGAGAGCCUCGCCAACGCCGACGUCCAGAGACAAGAGGAGCUGAGGUUCCGACUGGCUCAGGAGCAGUCGACGGUGCAGAAGUUCCCUCCUGCAGACGGGUACGCCUUCAGCUCCGCCUACAAACGCAUGCAGGUUCUGGACCAGGACUCGGCCAUGGCCGCCUUCAAACAGGCCAUCAGCCGCCAUGUGGACCGAAGUUUUGACGUUGACGACAGAGGCCAACCGAAACUGUUUGCCAAAUCCAAAUAUGACUUUGUGGCGAGAAACAACACGGAGCUGUCGGUCCUCAAAGACGAGGUCGUCGAGGUUCUCGAUGACAGGAAGCAGUGGUGGAAGGUUCGUAACGGCGGCGGGAUGUUCGGCUACGUGCCAAACAACAUCCUGGAGAUCACCAAAGCUGUGGACAUGACGGGCCGAGGAGAGCCCAUCUACAGCCACACCAUCCAGCAAUUACUGGGAGAGUUGAACGAGAAGCAGACCACCAGGACGGACUUCAUCCCCAGUAAACCCGCAGCGACCCCGAUGCCUCCGGCCCCCAUGCCCCCACCUCCGGCCCCCGCCAGGCUCCCCACGCCGCCGCUGCCGCCGCCGGCCGCCGAGCCCGCCAGGCCGGUCACCAGCAGCGGCUCGGUGAGCCGCCAGAACAGCACGACGUCCAGCGACAACGGCAGCGUCGCCAUGAGAGACCACAACAACCAAAGACCCGCCCCCGUCAACCGCAGGAAGUCCAACAUGGAGGAGGUUCAGGACGAGCUGAUGCACAGACUGACUCUGGGUCGCAGCGCUCAGAAGAAGUUUCCGAUUUCUUCUCGCAGCAGCAGCAGUCUGGCGUCCGCCAGCAUCUCGUACGACUCGUCAGCAGACGAGGUCAAAGCCUGGUUAGAGACCAAAGGCUUCAGCCCAGUCACCAUCACCAGCCUCGGCGUGCUGACCGGCGCUCAGCUCUUCUCCCUCAACAAGGAGGAACUGAAGACGGUUUGUCCCGACGAUGGAGCUCGAGUCUUCAGCCAGGUCACCGUCCAGAAGGCGGCGCUGGAGAAGAGUUCAGGCUCUGAGCUCCAGGAGAUCAUGAGGAGGCGGCAGGAGAAACUGGCAGCCAGCACCUGUGAUUCAGGGGUGGAGUCUUUUGACGAAGGCAGCACCCACUGAGCAUCCACAUGGCUUCCCUCCUCCCCUCCCUUCCUCCUUUACUUCAUUUUUUUUAAAAUUUCUUUUCAAACUGCAGCCUGCUGUUUUCUCAUACUCUUGAUCCUCAGGCGGCGGCUGACCAUGCAGAGUUUGUGGAGAUCAUGCGGCGCCGGCAGGAACUCCUCAGCUCGUCUCCAUAGAAUAAAACAACCUUUGGACCGUCCAGUAUGUCGGGAACACACAGAAUAUUCUGCCAUGUUUGCCUGAAGCUCAUGUGAACACUUUUUGGGAUUCUGGAUGAUGUUUUCUCUUCAACAGAUGUUGAAAAGUUUUGUUGGUGUUUUGUAAAAAAAGAAGUGAAGAAAGGCUGCUCAGUGGCUCAUUUUCCAAAGCGAAAACCUCUCAGUAUUAAUUGUAGAACGGCUGGUAUGUUUUUAGCUUCAGUUUGUGCUUCACAUUUGUUUUAUUACAUUUGAGUCACAGCGUUCAGCAUCUGUUUUCUGAAAAAUAAAUCCCUGAUGAUCUCCAAAAAACUUUGAAGGUAUUUUAGAAACCCUCAGUGACUCUGGACCACCUGGUUACACAUCUCUCUGCUCGAUUUGUACAACGUAAAACAAACUUUAAUUUUAUCUGUAUUAAUUUAAUUAUCCUGAGAAAACACCCUUAACUCUUGACCUCAAGAUAAAGGGAUAAAAAAAAAAACGUACUGAUGUAGCAACUAUUCUCAGCUGCUAUAUGAAAAUAUAUAUAUAAAAAAGAAGAAUGUAUAUGUAUAGAUGAUACCUGAUGAUGAAACUACAAGAUAAAUGUUUUCACGGCGUACAAAUGUCACUUUAGUCGUACAGCAGAUAAAAUGUUUUUUCAAAUCCAGAUUGUUAUAAAAAUACAGAGUCCUCAAAGAUAUUUCCUGUAUGUAGAAGAUAUUAACUUGUUUAUACAAAUGGUCUUGUGGGAACAAGAUGUUUUGUAAGCACAACUUAUUAUAAAUGGUAUCUUCACACUAGAUGCUGUCUAUAACACGGUAAUAUAUAACACUCAUAUUAUGUGUAUGUUGUUGCAACAAGGUCAUAUUUUGUAUAUGCAAGAUAGUAUUUAUAUCCAACCAGGGAAUAUUUAGAUACUAUAAAUCUUACUGAAGGUCACCUGCAAAACUACAGUGUUGUUCAGAAAAACUGAAACUCUGUGACUUGAAUGUAAUGAGAAUAUUUAAGAGGCACAAACUGGGGCUAGUAGUUGAUAUGACUGAUGGGUUGAUAUAUUCAGAAAACAAAAGAAAUUUAAAACAUAGUAAAUGUUGGCCUGAACAUACUUGUUCUAGAUCAUAGACUGGUAAAUAUAACUGUACAUUUCAGAUUAUUUGGGCCAAGAGAAUUAUGAUAUUCACAGUAUAUAUACUCUUUUUAUUUUAUGGUUAUUCCAAAAGUUUAAAUAACUUCAAUAAAUUGAUGAUAGAACAGAUCAGCUGAAAAAGCAAAUAAGUGAAAAUUCUGUCCUUGAAAUGCACAAGAACUUUAUUAUAAUGUCUAAUUUAUGAGCAUCCUGUGAUUUAGAGUUAGUGACGCAAUCAUUAAGAAACAGAUUUCCAGAUGAUAUUAGAUUUGGUGAUCAGCAUUUUUGCACAAUAAUAAAAAUGUUAAUGUUUCUCAGCCGAAGGCGAUCGAAGAAUCAAACCUGUAGAAUGAUUCAGAAUCACAGUUUAGUAUUUUUAAUGACUGUAGGUUGUUUAAUUAACUCUCUGUACAGAUGCUACAAAUCUGUUUCUGCUGACUCUUUCUUGAAGAGGUCAAAGGUCGUCCAAACUCUGAAAUGAAUGUAGUCUGCUGACUCAGCGAAGCUCCCACUUUGAACUUCAUGGAUGUGAUUACUUCAGGCUCCGCCGACAGCAACAGGUAGAAACAGUUUCAUUAGUCAUCUUACGUCAUCAUAUGUCACCGGGUAGAUUAAAGUGACGGUUUGUUAUUAAUCAUGUUAAGUUACAGACUGACUGAUGUUAUUAAAGUCAGUUAAUGACGACUUGUAAAAGCUCUGAGACUGAAUGGUUACUAAUCUUAAAUAAUAUGUAACAGUUUGGCAGUUUUGUGGACAAAAUACCAAAUUAAUGCACGUUAAAAAAAAAAAUGUAAGUAAGCUACUAUUUAAACUGCUUUCUGCAGAGAGAACGGGAAGUGUUUAUGGAUUAUUUCCUUUUUAAAGUUGCUUUGGAAAUCAAUCAAAAACUCUUCUAGAAGCUUGGUGACGUAGUGACUAGUCAUAUGACUAGUUGGUGAACUGCUGUAGCUAGCUGGCAAGCUAACCACUAAUUGUCACAACGGUUCUCCCUGCUUCUUACUAUUUUCUCUGUACUGUGCCGUUAACUAACGGUGAGUUAGCAAGCCCGUUAGCAUAGCUUAGUUGCUAACAGGACAGUUCAUUGUACUACAGAGUACCAUACCCAGUUCAAUAAAUCUGGAUGUUAGCAACACAGCUAAUAAGCUAUGAUAGCUUCCUCCAUUUUUGGACUCUCCCGCUCUCCGUCCCUCAAAAGUCAGCUCUGUCAGGACGACUUGCUAUUGGUCAAUUACGCAAAUCCACAGGUCAAAAAUCACCAAAAUGGAGUUUAAGUUGAUGUAAAAAUUUCCGCAAAUUUACUUUCAAUCCCAGCAAGAAAAUCCUCUGUUCGCUGUGGUUCUGAAGGAAUUAAUUAAAUUAAAUGCUGGUGUGAUCUAACAGUAGCAAGAGAAACGUUUCGGCUCAGUGAUUCAUCCAGCUCAUCAUGACUAAAUGCUGCAGCAUCUCUGGCUCUGUAGUAGACAAAGUGUCAAACACUUCUUUUCUCUUUUUCAGUUAUGUUGAAGAAAAAAAAGCUGUUAUAGCAUUUCUGACAGUUAGCAGAGCUUCUGUCGCUCUACUUAUUUUAGCCGUAGAGUGCUGGACACAAUAAUAUGAUGCUAAUCUAACACAUCGGGGCUGCCAUCACUUCAGUAAGUUGACUAAUGGGACAAAACACUAAACAGUUGUGUAGUUGGAGUUCUGCUUCUCAAUAUCCUGUAAAUUCUCAAAUAGUUGCCCCAAUGACUGAGAGAACAAAACCUUUAUUAUUUUAUUUCCAGUUUGCCAGUUAAUGCAAGCUCAUCACUUCCUCCAUGUUUACCUGCUGUCUUGAUAAAUUCAGUACAAUGUUGUAUAAUGUUCAUUUCUACAACAGCCAUGUCAUACUCACUGCUGUUCAACGCUCGCCAAGUUUCCAUCCAAGUGUAGCACAAAUGCACUUGCGCUUUGAAUCACUCAUAUUUCCAAUCACUUCUACUUUGCUGUUUUUGUUAUCAAUGUUAAAUUCUGUCAGUGAACUUGAACUAUUUCUGAUGUUUCCAUCAAUGCUGCCCAAUGAGCAUAAUCCCAACCUUUCAAGGUGAACUUUUAGUGUAAAAAUUAACGGGAAGUUUUUGAGUUUUGUUGAGGACAAUCAAAAAAAAAAAUCAAAGAAUUGAAAAAAAAUAGCAAAUGAAAACUGUAUCAAAGACAGAAGAGAAAGUGGUGAGUUUGACUUGACUCUGUUGUUGGAAAUGUACAUUGCUCAACACUUAAUUUACCAUAUGAGACAUCAUAGUACAGGUAAUUCUCCCAAUAUUCAGUUAUUUUUGUUUCUUUUUUUUUUACCUGGAUUUCAUUUGUUCGUGCUGGCCACGAACUUGCUCAGACUUGGAUGUUAUUUGAGAAUUUACAGUAAACUCGUAAUCUGUAUAUGUUGUCUUGUAAACAGUGACCAAAAGCUGUUAAGAAGUUGGUUGAAUGUUGGAAAACCAUCAGCGAGCAAAAAAAGAUUAAAUCUACAAACACAAACUUAAUAACACAAUGACUGUUUUUGAUUAAAGCACCAGAUCAUCCACUGUAGCUGGAGAAAAUGUGUAUAUAUAUAUAUAUUAAAUAUGUACUGUAUAUGCUUGCAUAUAAAAAAAUCAGCCAGUACACUCUUUACUCACUGUCGCAUUGAUUGUAUUGACUUUGUUUUACACUUAUGCACUUAAGUUUCUGGGGACAUUUCCUGGUUGACUAUAAAGGAUGUGAAAAGUGGAAAAAACAAAUAAAAUGUCUGUCUGAAACUGUAGCACAACACUGUAAUAACAUUAAUGAUUAAAGCUGGGUAGUUUUACAGUUUGUGGAUAAUUGCUGUUAAUGAGAACAGAGUAAAGUUGCUUUAUUUAGUGAACUGUCCUCGUACUCAAACAGUUCUAGAAGCCAAUCAGAAAGAAAUGUUAGCGAGAAUUCACUACAAAAAUGCAUUUGUACGUGUAUAGUUUUCAUUGUGCCUUUUCCAUAUAAAUCUGCUCAUUCUGCAAUAAAACAUUUACAAAAAUGUCA